AACCCAUUUAUUAGACCGCGAGGAUCCAACCUCGUACACAAUACGUCGAAUAACCGAAGAGUGUACUCGUGUUUAACUACAGGUCUAAGUGUUAGUCAUAAACAGGUUCGCUUGCCAAUUUGUAAACCAACGUGUGUCGCAUAGACGCAAUUGUGCCGGCAAAAUGAGGAGUAUUGUAUUGAUCAGUGCAUUCUGUUGUCAAUUGGUUUGGUGCUACGGAUUGCCCGGAGCUCAACAAGUAGGAGCAUUUGCGUACCAGGAUUCUGCUGGACAUAGGUACGGUGGCACAUACGGUCUUAAAGACGGCAAAAUUGUUGAGGCAGAAGGAAACUUCCCGCCAAACUUCCAAGUGAACAACUUUCAUGAGUGGGACUACUUCGCCCCCGAGUACUUUAAGAAUUUAGAGAACUUGUUGCAAGAGACGUUCAAUUCAAAUUUAGAACACCAGCGGCUAGCGCUGAACGCGGCUAAAAAGGCAUUCGACUUGACGUCGAAUCAGGCUGCUUUCAUACCCAAUUUUAACUACAGGUUCCCAGGAUUCAUGGAAUUCCCGGAUUUCGGAGCUUUUCCAGGGCCGUCAGCGUUCCCGACGCCGCAUUUUAAUAAUGGAAACGACUACAGCGCGUUCGCCAGCGCUGCUGCUAUUCCCGGAGUUAAUCGCCAAGUAGCCGCAAUUAAUCCGGAAAAUCCGGCCGUGCCCAAUGUAGAUACGGUAAACCGGUAUGCAGACUCACGAUCUGCACCUGGUGCUGGAAACUUCAUGAGUGUCUCUUCCUCUUCGUAUUCUUCAUCAUCCAACGUGAAUGGAGAAGUCAAGAACAGCCGAGGAGCCGAGACCGUUGUCAACGACAAUGGCCGCGUCACCAGAUACAAAGUUCAGAGCUAAACGCAUUUGCAUCGUCUCAUGUAUUGAUAACCGACAUAUGUAUUAAUUUUCAGCUGUAUUAACAAACAAAAUGUUUAUCGAAACAGUACAAUAUAAUCUUCUGUAAUAUGUUAUUGGCGAUUUAUUUACAUAAAAAUAUAUAAAACUGUAUU